AUGGGUAUCUUAGAGAAAAUCGCUCAGAUUCAAGAAGAAUUAGCCCGAACUCAAAAGAAUAAAGCAACCGAAUAUCAUAUUGGGUUAUUAAAAGGUAAAUUAGCCAGAUAUCGUCGAGAAUUAUUAGAACCCCAAGCUGGAGGUUCAGGUGGUGGAGGACAAGGAUUUGAAGUUGCAAAAGCGGGAGAUGCAAGAGUAUCAUUAAUUGGGUUCCCAUCGGUUGGUAAAUCUUCAUUUUUAUCAAAAGUUACCAAUACGAAAUCUGAAGCUGCCAAUUAUGAAUUUACAACCUUGACAUCAGUGGGGGGGAUACUUGAAUAUAAUGGGGCAGAAGUACAAAUAGUGGAUUUACCAGGGAUUAUUAAAGCGGCAGCACAGGGGAAGGGGAGAGGUAGACAAGUUAUUGCUGUUUCUAGAACUUCGGAUUUGAUUUUGAUGGUUUUAGAUGCAACAAAGGGAGGAGAUCAACGUCAAAUUUUAGAAAAUGAAUUAGAAUCAAUGGGGAUUAGAUUGAAUAAAGAAAGACCUAAUUUAUCCAUUAGAAUCAAAAAGACUGGUGGUGUUAAAAUGAAUUCAAUUACUCCUCCUAAAUAUUUAACUGAAAAAAUGGUUGCGGCAUUACUUAAAGAUUAUAAGAUUCAUAAUGCUGAUGUUUUAAUUAGAGAUGAAAAUGUUACCGUUGAUGAUUUCAUUGAUGUUAUAAAUGAACAACAUAUCUCCUAUAUCAAAUGUUUAUAUGUUUAUAACAAAGUAGAUGCAGUAUCAUUAGAAGAAUGUGAUAGAUUAGCAAGAGAACCAAAUACUGUUGUUAUGUCAUGUGAAUUAGAUUUGGGUAUUGAAGAUCUUAAAGAAGAAAUAUGGAGGAAAUUGGAUUUAUUACGUUUAUAUACCAAGAGAAGAGGAAUACAACCAAACUUUGAUGACCCAAUGGUUGUUAGAAACAAUUCUACUAUUCUUGAAGUGUGUGAUUCUAUUCAUAGAGAGAUGAAGAAUCAAUUCAAGUAUGCAUUAGUCUGGGGUUCAAGUGCUAAACAUUCUCCUCAAAAAUGUGGUCUAAGUCAUCCUGUUCAUGAUGAAGAUGUGGUACAGAUUGUAACUAAGUAA